AUGAAUAGGAGGGAAAGGGAGAGUGAGAUACCAGAAGAGAGUGCAGAGAUCUACCUUAUUCUCUUACUCUUCCUUCUCUCUCACUCUUUCACUGUCAGACACAUGGGCUUCCCAGCCAAGGGUGCCUCAGCUGACCACCCGAUCAAGUUCCUCAUCUACGGCCGCACGGGCUGGAUUGGUGGCCUCCUCGGCAUCCUCUGUCAGGCCCAAGGCAUCCCCUUCCAGUACGCCUCGGGCCGUCUCGAGAACCGGGCCUCCCUCGAAAGGGACAUAGCCGAGGUCAAGCCCACCCACGUCUUCAGCGCCGCCGGUGUCACGGGCCGGCCCAACGUCGACUGGUGCGAGUCUCAUAAGGUGGAGACCAUCCGAACCAACGUCGUUGGAACCCUCACUCUCGCCGACGUCUGCCGCCAACACGGCCUCCUCCUUCUCAACUACGCCACCGGUUGCAUCUUCGAGUACGAUUCCGAUCAUCCUCUCGGAUCUGGAAUCGGCUUCAAAGAACUGGACACUCCCAAUUUCACCGGUUCCUUUUACUCUAAGACUAAAGCCAUGGUAGAGGAUCUGCUUAAGAACUACGAUAAUGUGUGUACCUUGCGAGUGAGGAUGCCUAUCUCGUCUGAUUUGUCGAAUCCGCGCAAUUUCAUCACGAAGAUCACUCGAUACGAGAAGGUUGUGGAUAUUCCGAAUUCCAUGACUAUAUUGGAUGAACUUCUUCCCAUCUCAAUUGAGAUGGCGAAGAGGAACCUGACUGGGAUCUGGAACUUCACGAACCCUGGAGUGGUUAGUCACAAUGAAAUUCUAGAGAUGUACAGAGAGUAUGUUGACCCCAACUUCACCUGGAAGAACUUCACUCUUGAGGAACAGGCUAAGGUGAUUGUUGCCCCCAGGAGCAACAAUGAGCUUGAUGCCACGAAACUGAAGACCGAAUUUCCAGAACUGUUAUCUAUCAAGGAUUCACUCAUUAAGUAUGUCUUCAAGCCCAACCAGAAGCUUAAAGCAUAA